AUGCCGACUCGUCUGAAGAACGUGUCGACUAUUGAUCCCAUUGCAGCUCACAAGAAACACUUCUGGGACUACUUAGUAUCUAAAUCUCCAGUCCUCAGAUCACUGGCACUGCUAGUCAUUAUAGCCUAUGCCUGCCUUGCCUUCGCGCUUCAUAGAGGUCCUAUUACUGGAAGAAAAUUAAAUCUACCCGACCUCUAUGAGGCAACUGUCCUCGAGCUUCAAGCUGGGAUGGAUGCUGGGCACUUCACCAGCGUGGAUUUAGUAAAAGCCUAUUUCGCUCGUAUUGAGGAAGUUAAUCUCAAGGGACCAACACUUCGGGCAGUUAUCGAAAUCAACCCAUCUGCAUUAACAGAAGCAGCGAGGCUUGAUGAGGAGAGGAAGAAAUCAGGAAAGAGGUCUUUGAUGCAUGGCAUACCAAUGUUGCUAAAGGACAACAUAGCUGCUAUAGGCACGAAUACGACCGCUGGAUCAUAUAGCCUUCUAGGAUCCAUCGUUCCAGAUGAUGCUGGCGUUGUCAAGCGUUUACGCAAGGCUGGAUCUGUCAUCUUGGGCAAGGCAAAUCUAUCAGAAUUCGCUCGAUACCGAAGUGCAUUAGCCUCUGGCUGGUCUGGUAUAGGCGGCCAAUGCACAAACGCCUACUUCCCCAACGCCGAUCCUUGUGGCUCAUCCUCGGGGUCGGGAGUCGCCGCCUCUAUCGGUCUCGCGGCUGUUACUUUGGGUACGGAAACGGCUGGUAGCAUCACAUGCCCGUCAAGUUACAACAAUCUGGCCGGUAUUAAACCUACACUUGGUUUGACUUCAAGGGCAGGAGUCAUCCCUAUCACAGAGCACCAAGAUACCGUUGGUCCUAUGACGAGGAGCAUGACGGACGCUGCAAUUGUGCUUUCUGUUAUCGCGGGCAAAGACCCCAACGACAAUUACACACUUUCACAGCCGCAAGAUGUACCUGACUUUACUAAAGCGCUGAACAAGGAUGCUUUCAAGGGAAAGAGAAUCGGUGUACCUCGCCACGUCUUUCUUAAUGAUAGUAUCAGUGGCAAUCAUCCAUCCAUCGCAAUUGCUUUUGAACAGGCACUCAACACAAUAAGAGAGCUUGGAGCUACCAUUGUAGAUCCUGCGGACAUACCUUCAGCAGAAGAAAUCAUGAAUUCUCAUAAUGAUAGCCUCAUCUUCGCAGUGGAUUUCAAGAUUCAAAUGAACGCCUACUUCGAGGCCCUCAUAGAAAAUCCAUCAGGAGUGAGGAGCGUGGCUGACUUGAUCGCAUUCAACAACGCCCAUCCUGAGCUCGAGAAGCCACCAGGCUAUGAGUCGCAGUCCGAUUUCUACGAAGCUGAAGCGACGCAAGGGCGGAAUGAAACGUUUUGGAAGCAACUAGCAUUUGACGUAGAACUGGGUGCCACACGAGGUAUAGAUGCAGCAUUGAAAGCUCACAACCUAGAUGCUCUCGUAGCACCUGCUCGAGGACGGACCUUGAUGCCUGCAGCCCUUGCUGGCUAUCCUAUAGUCACAGUACCUUUGGGCUUCUUACCGGACGAUGUAGUUCCCGUACCUGCUGGUCCAACUACAGUGUACCCCGCACCUGGUGUACCAUUCGGCCUUUCAUUUCUUGGGACAGCUUUUUCAGACUUCGAUCUGAUUGGCUUUGGAUAUGCUUAUGAGCAGAGGACACGAACUCGCUUGGCUCGGAGGGCGUAUCCGGCAGCUAUACCGAAGACCCAGUUGGUGGACGUCAUUGGAAAGACUACCCUGUAA